AUGUGUGGGGCAGGCUGGUGGCGGCUGGUGGAACCCUGGACUGGGUCUUCUGGACCCGCUCCGGACAUCCUGUCCCGGUGGUCGGCCAGAGAGCAGAGCGUCCUCAGCAAAGUGCACGUCAGGCCUUUCCACACGGCCCAGCCCCACAGCGGCUAUGGCCAGAGCCCCCCGCCGCCCACAGAGGGCCCGGCAAAUGGGGACAUGUGCACGGGGCCCAGCGAACUUGCUGUGAUUCUCAGCAGGGACCAGGCCCACCUUCUGACCGGCCACCAGCCCCUGAGCGAUGCCUCCUGCCAGGAAGCUGUGGGCUCCUGCGGCAAGCUGACAGGCAUCAGUGACCCUGUGACCGUCAAGACCUCGGGCUCAAGGUUCGGGUCCUGGAUGACAGAUCCUCUGGCCCCAGAAGGUGAUAACAGGGUCUGGUACAUGGACGGCUACCACAACAACCGCUUUGUCCGCGAGUACAAGUCCAUGACCGACUUCAUGACCACGGACAAUUUCACGUCCCACCGCCUCCCGCACCCCUGGUCCGGCACGGGGCAGGUGGUCUACAAUGGCUCCAUCUACUUCAACAAGUUCCAGAGCCACAUCGUCAUCCGGUUCGACCUGAAGACUGAGACGAUCCUGAAGACGCGGAGUCUGGACUAUGCCGGUUACAACAACAUGUACCACUACGCCUGGGGCGGCCACUCAGACAUCGACCUCAUGGUGGACGAGAACGGGCUGUGGGCCGUCUACGCCACCAACCAGAACGCGGGCAACAUCGUGAUCAGCAAGCUGGACCCCGUGUCCCUGCAGGUGCUGCAGACGUGGAACACGAGCUACCCCAAGCGCAGCGCAGGCGAGGCCUUCAUCAUCUGCGGGACCCUCUACGUCACCAACGGCUACUCCGGGGGCACCAAGGUCCACUACGCCUACCAGACCAACGCCUCGACCUACGAGUACAUCGACAUCCCCUUCCAGAACAAGUACUCCCACAUCUCCAUGCUGGACUACAACCCCAAGGACCGCGCCCUGUACGCUUGGAACAACGGCCACCAGAUUCUCUACAACGUCACCCUCUUUCACGUCAUCCGGUCCGACGAGUUGUAGUUGUCUCCGCCCGGAAAGCCCAGGGGGCCGCGGCCUCCCCCACACGGACCUUCCUGUGGGACAGCUGCCGACAUAACCUAACGACACUAAUAAUACUAAUUUCGAAACAUCAGCAGCAGUGUGGGUCCCGGCACCGCGAGGUGGCGUCGCCUCCCCGUGCCUCUGGUCAGAGCGAGAGGGCGACA